AGCAUUUUGUGUGUGGCUAGAGUGUGGAGCCGUGUGGAGCCGUGUGGAGCCAGAUAGCAAAUGAGCGCGUUUCCAGAGGGGGACAGCGCUGCCGAGGGGGAGGGACCGGUCACCGAGACGGUCAGGGUGCAGAGCAAAGCGGAGGACGCUAUUUACAGAUUACUGAAGUUUCACGAAAUAGCAGUGGCCGUGUAUGGGGAUAGUCAAAUAUGUCAUUUGAACAGGGAGGCGCACGCUAGGUAUUUGCUUUCGGCCUUAGAGGAUACCAGGAUGCCGCAGAGCUUCUAUUGCAAUAGGAUGUGGGUGCUGUAUUGGGUGCUUCACUCGUUGGAGUUGCUCGACGUGCAGCCGCCGCUGGAGUUGAGAGGCAAGAUUAUAAGUUGGCUUGCCGAGUGUCAGUCUACAAGUGGGGGGUUUGGCGGGGGUCCGGGACAGUUAUCGCACUUGGCGCCUUCCUAUGCUGCGAUAUUGGCUAUUGUGAUUCUUGGCCCCGAUGCGUAUUCGAUAGUGAACAGACCUGCGUUGUACCGCUGGCUGAUGUCCCUGAAGCAGGCAGACGGUUGUUUUUUGAUGCACGACCGAGGCGAGUCUGACGUGCGCGCGCCCUACUGCGCUCUCACGCUGGCGAAUUUGACGAACACGAUGACUGAGGAGCUGAUCAGCGGAAUAGACGAGUUUGUCGUAUCUUGCCAGAGCUACGAGGGGGGAAUUGGCGCUUGUCCUGGCGGAGAGGCGCAUGGAGGAUACACAUUUUGCGGACUGGCGUCUUUGGUGAUCUUGGAGAAGGCCCAUUUGUUGGACUUGGACGGUCUGUUGCAUUGGGCUGCCAUGAAGCAGAUGAGCAUUGAAGGUGGGUUUCAGGGAAGAACCAACAAAUUGGUAGAUGGGUGCUAUUCGUGGUGGCUGGCAGCAUUGUUUGCAAUGUUGGACAGGGUCUACAUAAACAAAGACAGGUAUUGCGAAAAGGGAGAGACGAGGCCAAAAGAGCCCACGGGUAAAAACGAAGAAAAUCAGAAUUACGAGGACGAAAAAAUGGCAUCUUCUUGCCACGGGGAAACGGACGCUCGGGCUGAGCUUUGUGACAACACAAACAACGCUGACUGCGUUGAAAUCUGUGACGGGCCCGCCAGCGCCAGCCGCUCCACCCCCGCAGACUCGAAAUAUCACCCCUUUGAAUCAGCAUGUCGUGGUGACGAGGGUUCCUGGCUUUUCGACCAGAUGAGGCUCCAGCAGUACAUCAUUGUUUGCUGUCAAGACUCAGCUUUGGGUGGCCUAAAGGACCGACCAGACACGAAUCCAGACUACUACCACACUUGCUACGGUCUCUCCGGACUAUCGAUAGCUCAGCACAACGCGCCCUACAGUCCGUUCAGAGAGACUCUGUUUUACAAUAGCGCCAGGAGCCGAGUUCAAGAGAUGAAUUGGAUUUACAACGUGGGACGCGAUAAAGUAAAAAAAAUCAAAGAACAUUUCAAAAAGCUAGUGAAGCCGCUGUACGAGAAGAGCUGCCAGUGAAAUAAAAAAGACGCGGUGCCACAUCCCGUUUAGAAUUGACUCAACAUCACGCGUUAGGGAACGGACGUAGACCAUUUGUUGCCAAAUCCCAUUUUAUUAAAUUUUAUGCUUUUAUAUAC